CCAUUUUCUCCGGUUCUGUCGAGAGAGAUGAUCAAUUGCCUUCUUCUCUAGCCGGAUCUCAUCCUCAUGAUUUCAGAAUGGCGCUCUCUUUCCUCACGACGUUACCCAUCGUUUCUCUCGUUCUUUUUGUUGUCUACAAAGCCAUUAUAUAUCCGGCAUUUUUGUCCCCUCUUGCCAAAAUCCCAAAUGCACAUUGGACGGUGCCUAUUUGUCCUGCAUGGAUUCUCUGGGUGCGAUUCAGAGGCCGAAAUAACAGAACGAUACACGCAGCUCAUGAGAGACUUGGCCCCAUCAUUCGACUUGCACCAUCGGAGAUCUCUAUCAAUUGCAUCAAUGGAGGAAUCAAGACCAUAUACACAGGUGGAUUCGAAAAGCAUGAAUGGUAUCCGCGGGUGUUUGGGUCAUUUGGGACGGUUAGUAUGUUCACAAUGACUGGGAGUAAAGCCCACGCGUCCCGCAAGCGUCUGCUGUCGAAUAUAUACUCCAAGUCUGUAUUGCAAUCAUCGCCGCAUUUACGAGAGAUAUCGCGUACCGUCGUAUUCGACCGUUUUCUCCCAAUCAUCCAGAAAGCGGCGUCCUCGAAAUCGUCGAUUGAUAUCCAUGAUCUAGACCAAGGUCUAACCAUGGACUUCGUCUCCGCUUAUCUUUUUGGCCUGGCGAAUGGAACCAACUUCCUACAGGAUAAUGACUUCCGGCGCAGGAUGCUUCAGCUCUAUCAGUGCAGAAAACCGUUUGAGUUUUACCACCAGGAAGUCCCGAAACUGCUUUCAUGGGCAAGGGCCGUGGGGAUUCGAUUGAUCCCGAAAUGGUGUGAUUUUGCAAAUUCAGUGCUUGACACUUGGGGCCUGGAGCUGUGCGACAAAGCGGAGCAGUCCGUUACGUCUACACAACCCGGCGUGGAACCAGUUGUGUAUAAGCAGUUGAAGCAAAGCAUUUCGAAAAGGUCCACAGCAGAAGGCAAUGAUCCAGAGUCCGACGCAAAUGCUCUCGAGCAACAGAGACUUGAUAUUGCUUGCGAGAUGUACGAUCACCUCACCGCUGGCCACGAGACCAGCGCCGUCGCCCUAACGUAUCUGUUCUGGGAGCUUUCGAAACAUACCGAGCUGCAGAGGGAACUUCGUAAGGAACUGAUGAUUUUAGACCCCCCACUUAUCUACUCUGGCCCAUCGACGCCUCACGAACUACCAACACCCAAGUCUAUUGACAGGUUACCCCUGCUUGAAGCAAUUGUAACAGAGACUUUGCGCCUUCAUGCCCCGAUCCCCGGCAUACAACCUCGAGUAACCCCGUAUCCAUCCUGUACUUUGGUGGGAUAUACAGACAUACCUCCCAAUACAAGGGUGAAUGCGCAGGCAUACUCCUUGCACCGGAACCCUGAGGUCUUUCCCGAGCCAUUAACCUGGCAACCGAAGCGAUGGCUCAAGGAUGGCAAUGAAAAUACCAGUUCCAAUCUAGAAGAAAUGCGGCGUUGGUUCUGGGCCUUUGGGAGCGGUGGGAGGAUGUGUGUAGGAAGCAAUCUAGCACUACAAGAAAUGAAACUCGUAGUUGCGGCUGUGUAUACCAAUUUUACUACUUCCAUUGUUGAUGAUGAGAAUAUGGAGGCUAUCGAUGCUUAUACAGUGAAGCCGAGGGGAGAGAAAUUGAUCCUCAGGUUCGAAGCCGUUCAAUAGGAACCGGUGCAGUUUGUAUAUAAAAUACUCAUCUAAAAACAUUGAUAGAAUGAGGAA